AUGAUGAUCAAUUUAGAUAUUUUGACUUUUUUAAUCGAUAACAAUUUAGAUAUACUCAAAUAUCCAAUAUUAGGAAAGAUUGUUGACAUUUUUGCCAUCUUUCAAAUGAUUAUGGGAAGCAAUAAUAGAAUAACCAUUGAUGAUUUCCUUAGUCAGUUACAAAUAAUUUCAGGAAUCACUGAAGGUUCCAUUGGUAUCAAAGAUGGUGUUAAUCCUCUCGAUCCAGAUGAAAUCAUAGAUUUCAUUGACGUAUUUUCUCUUAAGAUUUUACUCAAUCAGCUAACGCAAAGGACUGUCACACCAAAAAAGAAAGAGGUUGUGGGAACCAAUCAUGAAACGAUUAUCGAUCAUUCAAAGACAAAUGCUGAAAAGUUAUUAGAUUUAAUAGACUUUAAACAGGCCGAAAAUAAAACAAACCUCCAAAAUGAUACAUUGGUUAAAAAUUUAUCAAUAAAAGUGAAGAAAUUGCUAGCCACUGAACCAAAAUCAUUCCAAUUAGCAAGAGAAAGAUCAAAAGAAACAUUCCCAGUUAGUGAAUACAUCCCGAAGUGUAAUGAUAAAUCACAUUCUGUCAUUUUGGCAGAUAUAAUUUACAUCGCAAAUAAUAAGAUUCAAUCCAUCCAAAUAUCAAAGAUUACCGACAAUAUUGAUCUACUAGAUUGUGUCAAAUCUAAAAUUCAUUUUAUACCCAAUAUAAAACCACAGACAGAUCUCUCUUUAGGUGAUUGUUCAUACCUCGAUACUUGUCAUAAAUUAAAUUCAUGUCGUUAUCUUCAUUACAUUCAAUAUAUCCCAGAAUCUUUAGUUGAAGAGACAAAACAAAGAACACAGGCACUCAAUGAAAUCAAAUUAGAUAAUUUGAAAUUACCAUUUUAUACACACGGUUAUUGUUGCUCAACGGCAUCAAAGGUGAAGUUACCUCCUCAAUGGAUAAAAUGUGACGUUAGAAAAUUUGAUUUCGAUAUAUUGGGUAAAUUCUCUGUGGUUAUAGCGGAUCCUGCUUGGAAUAUACAUAUGAAUUUGCCCUAUGGUACUUGUAACGACAUUGAAUUAUUGGAAUUACCAUUGGAUAAAUUACAGGAUGAAGGUGUGUUAUUCCUUUGGGUUACAGGAAGAGCCAUUGAAAUUGGUAAAGAUUCUUUGAAAAAUUGGGGGUAUGAAGUCGUUAACGAAAUUUCCUGGAUCAAAACAAAUCAGUUGGGUAGAACUAUCGUCACUGGCAGGACAGGACAUUGGUUGAAUCAUUCUAAAGAGCAUUUAUUGGUGGGUGUCAAAGGCAAUCCAUUAUGGUUGAACAAACACAUUGACGUAGACCUUAUCGUUUCUACUACCAGAGAAACAAGUAGAAAACCUGAUGAAUUAUAUGAAAUCAUUGAAAGGUUAGUAGGUCCACACGCUAGAAAAUUGGAGAUAUUCGGCAGAGACCACAAUAUCAGACCUGGUUGGUUCACAAUUGGUAACCAGUUGACUGGAACAUGUAUACACGAAUUAGAUGUUAAGAGAAAAUAUGAUAAAUUCAUUGAAGUUUCCUCUAAACAAAAACAACAAUCCCAGAAAAAGAGACAGCACAAUAAUAAUAAUAUUAAUAAUAAUAGGCAACAGUCCUCAGCUUCAUUGACAGUACCAUCCAAUAUGAUGCCUCAGGCACCUUUGUCGUCGAACAAAGAGAAUUAUUACUAUAAUAUGGCAAGUAGAGGUGUUAAUAUGCCAUAUAUUGGACAAAAUUCUAUGAAUACGUCUUUCAAUAAUAACGUUUUCAACAGCUUACCCUCGUACUAUAUGCCGAGUUUGAACGAACCGCAACAACAACAGCAUCAAAAGCAAUAUUAUUACGGCUAUCAAUAA